AUAUCUCUCCCGACGAAAUACAUUCUUAUAUGCCACCUACCAAAUUGCAGGACCCGUCGAUUUAUUUCGUUUAUUCCUCAUGCGAAACCCUCUCUUCCAGGCCCUCCAUUCUCAUCUCAAUUACCUGUACGCCGCAAAUCAAAGAAUGUGCUGACCUUGUCACAGCAAUCAUGUUGAAUUGAGAACCGGUUAUGCUUAACCUCAAAGAAAACCCCCUCUCAAUCAAUCUGCCUUUCCUCAAAGCUGAACGUCUGCCACUGUAGUGGAUCUAGCAUUUUGAGCUUCCUUUUUCAGAAACUAAAUCGGGCUUUAGGUUUCCAGCUGCUCAGUUCUGUUUCUCCGUCGUGGUUGGUGAUACCCCGCGCCACUGACGACGUGGCAACCACCACCAUGGUUGUAGGAUUUCAGGGAAUAAGGUUGACGAUCUCGCCCGGUCUAGGCAAGAUCGCGGGGAAUAAGCUGAGUAUGCGGGGGAACGUGAUGCGGGGGAGCCGGACGUGCAAACCGAGGUGGCCCGGGAUUUGCAUCAUCAUCUGAGGCAUGCCAGGAAAUAAGCAUAGGUUGGCAUGUGGGAUUAAAAGAAGGGUGGUUGGCCUCCUUGGUGUACUCAUUCAAUUGCCUACAUGUCACCUCUCCCACCAGUCAAAAUGAGUGUUCCCGGAGCUGCUCUGUCCGAAAAACACGAUGGCGGUUCACAGUCUGAGGAAGCAGAACGCAGCGAGAUCGAGAGGACGGGAGAGUCGUUUGCUCACUUGAAUGAGAAGGCAAUUCUCCGCAAGAUGGACAUUCGCUUGAUUCCGAUGCUUGCCCUGCUGUACCUACUCUCUUUUCUGGAUCGUGGUAACAUUGGCAAUGCCAAAAUUGAAGGCCUUCAGGAAGAUCUUGGCUUGACGGAUGACCAAUACAACUGGUGUCUCACAGCCUUUUUUUUCACCUAUGCCGCAUUCGAGGUUCCCAGCAACCUGAUGCUCAAAAAGAUCAGGCCUUCUAUCUGGUUGCCAGCCAUCAUGGUUGCGUGGGGCGUGGUGAUGACCUUGAUGGGCAUCGUGCACAACUUUACCGGACUCUUGACAGCUCGCAUCUUUCUGGGCGUUACCGAGGCUGGUCUGUUUCCCGGCGUUGCUUACUACCUCACAAACUGGUACAAGCGUGAGGAGAUGCAGUUGAGACAAGCCAUGUUCUUCAGUGCAGCUUCCAUCGCCGGCGCAUUCAGUGGACUUUUGGCAUUUGCCAUUGGGAAGAUGGAUGGUGUUGGGGGACUGCAUGGCUGGCAGUGGAUUUUUAUUCUUGAGGGCAUCGCAACCGUCCUGGUCGCCGUCUUGGCUUUUUUCACUCUGCACGACUUUCCCGAAACAGCGACUUUUUUGACCGAGGAAGAACGAGCAUUUGUCGUGUUCCGUCUCAAGUAUCAAGGGCAGAGCAAGAGGAACGAUCACGCUAUGGUGGCCCAGGCCGAUGAUUUUAAGUGGAAAUAUGUCAGACAGGCGUUUCUGGAUUGGCAGAUUUGGGUCAACAUCUUUGUCUACUGGGGGAUUGUCUGCCCGCUCUAUGGCAUCAGCUUAUUCUUGCCAACGAUCAUUCGCACGCUGGGGUAUGAGAGCAGCACCGCGCAGCUCAUGACGGUUCCCAUCUACAUCACUGCCGCCAUUCUCGCCGUCAUUGUAGCUUACUUUUCCGAUCGGGUGGGGCGAAGAAGCCCGUUCAUCAUUGUUCCACUACUUAUUAUGGUUGUUGGGUUUUCCAUGUGCAUCGCCUCUGGAAACCCGCGUGUGGUGUAUGGCGGAGUGUUUAUCGCAGCUUGUGCCAUCUACCCAGCUUUUCCAGGCGUCAUUGCUUGGCUCUCCAACAACUUGGCAGGGUCGUUGAAGCGUUCAGUCGGGAUGGCGGUCCAAAUAGGUGUCGGAAACCUGGGAGGUGCAAUGGCAUCCAACUUUUAUCGGGCAAAGGAUGCUCCCAGAUAUCGACUCGGUCAUGGUUUGGAACUUGGGUUCAUUGGCGCCGGUAUCGUCGCUUCGCUCAUCCUGCUAGUUGGGUAUAGCACCGCCAACAAGAAGAGGGCAAGGAAGAUGGAGGAUGGGGAUUUGGGUCGUUAUACGCAACAGAAACUGUCUGAGAAGGGCGACAAGGCCAUUACAUUCCGAUAUGUGUAUUAGAGGUUACAUGUUCAACAGCGAGACCAAAGCGGACAGAAAUAUGACACCCAUUCCCACACCAA